CACCCGAAACCCAGAACGAAACCAUCGUCAUGCACGAAAGCUGAUGGAACAGGAAGAAGUGGAAUGGGGAGAGCGGGGGAAAAAGGGGAGGGGAGUGAGAAUACGGUGGAGGGGAAAGGGGAUUGCGGAUAGGUCGGAGGAGCCUGUCCAAGAGAGAUUGGCUGGUUGGGAUGGAGUAAGGAAUGCGGUGUUCCCCCUGAUCGCCGCCCUUCAAUCGUAUCGUUCCACUACCCGUCCUUCCUUUACUCCGACCGAUCAUGCAUGCCAUAUGAUGACUCGUACAGCCGAUCAGCUAUCCAUCGUCGCCUCCCCACCGCGAAAGCAUCCAUCAGAUCAUGCACGGAACCAAGCCACAAAUCAUAGAACAAAGUUUCUCAACGUUAUAAAUUCCGAGUAUCGAUAUUUUCUGUUUCUCGUUUACUUCAAUAUCUCCCUCUCUCCUCCCAUCCCUCUCUCUCUUCCGGCGACGGAACCCCUCCCCCCCUUUCCUUCUAAAUGGUUCAUGUGGUGGUGGUUAUGUAAGCCGAAUUCCCAAGUUUUCCUUUCCUUCCCUUUCCCGUCAUGCCGCAAGUCUGUGCAAAGUGGUGAUGUCGCUGGUAAAGAAAAUCGGGAUCGAUGGGAGGGAAUGAAAUGCAAUGGAAGGGAAAAGCGAGGGUUGUAAAAUCAAGGAGAGCGAGAGUGGGAUGAGGGAGAGAAGGAGAGAGAGGGAUACGAAUAAACCCGUCUCGCCUCUUCUUCUUCUUCUUCUUCUUCUUCUUCUUCUCAUCUUAUCGACAUCGACAUCUCCGCGCAGCAAAAAAUCGAGCAGAACAGCAAAGCAUGAAUUACAAGGUUUGGUUGUUGCAUGGGAAUCGCUGUGUACAAACUACAAAGGCAUCAAAU